GGGAGCAUACACAAUUUAUUUUUAACUAUUCUUAUCUUGAAUUUCUUGCCUCCUACAAGUGCAAAUAAACAAUGUCACAGCCUUCAAUGGCAGUACCGAGUCUCAAUCCUGCUUUUGAAGAGAUCCCAUUCCCAAGUCUAUCGAGGCCUAGGUCCGGUUUCAAGACCCUUCUGCGGCUCUACACGGAUCUAGUUAACAAUGAUGAAGUUUUCGGUUUUACCCUUUUAAUUCUAGGACAGAUGUUCAACACCGUCAUGCUCACCACCUGCAAGCUUUUGGUCACUGAUGACAAUCCGAUUCACCCCAUCCAAAUUUUAUUUGUUCGAAUGGCCAUCACCUAUAUAUGCUGCCUUUUAUACAUGCUCAUUACCAGAUCAGUUCCUUAUGCACCAUUUGGAGAACCUUCUGUGAGAAAGUGGUUGCUCUUAAGGGGUGUUGUGGGCUUCUUUGGGGUGUUUGGACUGUAUUUCUCCCUUUUAUACUUGAGUAUGAGUGACUCAGUAGCCAUUACCUUCUUGGUGCCUUUAAUCACCGGAUUUUUGGCAUGGAUUUUGCUCCGAGAACGGUAUUCUUUGGUGGAGGCUAUGUGUGGAUUAGUGUCUUUAUGUGGAGUGAUGUUGAUUGCAAAGCCCCAUUUUCUUUUUGGUCUGGAGGCUGAUAAAGAAGCGGGACUGGCUGAUGAUUCAGUGGAGUCGUCAUCUACCGAAAAACGGCUUUUAGCCACUGGUGUUGCACUUCUUGGGGCCCUUGCGGCUGCUUCUGUUUUUAUCAUUUUACGGAAGAUUGGUAACCUGGCUCAUCCAUUGAUUUCAGUGAGUUUCUUCUCGAUGGUGACGGUGGUCAUCUCAAGUAUCUCAAUUAUAGUGAUCCCAUCGAUUUCAUUUGCAAUUCCUCAAGAUAGCUAUCAAUGGUCCUUAUUUUUCACCAUUGGCAUUGCAGGAUUCUUGUACCAGUUUGCGUUAACCGCCGGGGUACAACGGGUGAAGGCCUCAAAGGCUUCGUUGGUGGUUUAUUUGCAGAUGGUAUUUGCCAUAGCUCUUGAUGUGAUUAUCUGGCAUCAUUUUCCAGGGUUUUUGAGUAUUUUGGGGAUUCUUGUGAUCGUUGGGUGUACUUUAGUGGUUAUGAAGUACAAGUCCAAGCCAGCUGCUGGCGAUCUUGAAAGAGGUACACACCAGCCAUUGUCUCAGGAUGAUGAUGGAUACAAGCCGGAAGACAUUCAAUUACAGGACUUUGUGAUCGAUGAUGAGGAUGAUGAGAAUGAGAACGUCAACUUCCUGCCUCUGCCAGAAUCUGCCACGCCUGAUGUUGAGUUAAAUCUGGUAAAGGACUCUGGGGCCAUAAAGUUAAAUAUUUAGGUGUAAUAUAUUAUGCAG